AAAAAAAAAAUAAUAACUUAUAACCACUUUUUAACCAAAAAAAAAAAAAUGAUUCAAUCUCGUGUGUUGUUUAAUAGACUCUCGGCGCAGUCAAUUUCACCUCAAUUUUACGUUAAUCGUAAAAUAAAUAUAAUCAAUUCUUCAUUUCUUUCUAAAAGAUCGUUAAGAACAACACGUUAUCUUAAUUUACAAUCUAAUUAUGAAUCUACUAAAGAAAAAGGUAAAGAAACCUUAGGUACGACGCAAGAGAAAACUAAACAAAAUGCCAAUGAAACAUAUAACACUGCUAAAGAUACAUUACAAGAUGUAGCUAAAAAUUCUCGAAAAGAAGGACAAGAAGCUAUCCAGAGUAUCAAGAGUAGCGCGCAGAGUACAAAAGAGGAAGGACGAGAAACCAUGCAGAGUGCGAAAGAGAAAGGACAAGAAACCAUGCAGGAUACAAAAGAGAAAGGGCAAGAGACUUUAAAAAGUACUCAAAAUAUUUUGAAAAGCGGUAUAGAAAAAGCAGGUGAAGCUAUGAAAAGCUCUCAAGAGAAGGGGAAAGAAUUAAAAGAAUCUGGUCAAGAAAUUUUAGGUAUAUUAAAAGAACAAGGUCAAGAUGUAUUGAAGAAAGCUCAAGAUUCCUUAAAGAAAGCACAAGCUAGUGGAAACGAAACUAUUAAAAAUUUACAAGGGAAAGGACAAGAUACUAAGAAAAAUGAAGGAGAUUCUCCUAGAAUUUAGUUUUCACAUUAGUUAUUCGGCGUACUUUUAAUUAUAGUUGAUAAAACAUUUUAACUAUCUAGAAAUAUAAAUUUUUUUAUAAGAAAUAAAUUUUAAUUAAUUAACUAUAAUGACUUGAGCUUGUAUAUUUAAUGUUUUGUUUAAAAUAAUGUUAUCCGAUAAAAUAAGUCAUGAAGAUUAUAUUAUAUAUAUUAUAUAUUUUUGACCAAACUG